GAACUUGACUCCUCUCGUCAGGUGUUUUCCGCGCGACUCCUGGACAAUCGAGGGGAGUAGUAUACGAUUCACUCGGGCCUUGCUCCCGGCGGACUGGCUCACGUUUUACAAGUACGCAUGGCUGGUGCGCAGGCUAGGGUACACCAACGCUUCGCGAGCACUGACGCUCUCAACGUCGGACAACGUGCUACAAACACUCUGCGCAUACAGGCCUAUGCUUGUGUUGCUCCCGAAUAUCCGAAUUCUUUCUUGGUUCGGUCUCAAGCUCGCAAAUCGAUGGUUGCCGCCGUUGCUAUCGCUGCUGGGAGACAAACUAACCAGAGUCUCCCUCUGCAUCUUGCCUGUUCGCAACCAGACAGAUGGCCAGAUUGUAUUGCGAGACGCGUUUGCACUCCUGAAGGCCAAGGGCCUGCCGCUGACAUCGCUCGACGUCGAUCUGAUUCACGACCGCCACAACAUCCACCCUACGACGUCGGCGGCGUUAUCCACACUUGCAACCUCACUGUCUCACUUGGUGUCCUUCGAAUGCUCCGACAUUCCACUUACCCCGAAUGCAAUCGAGUACCUCCUUGAUCUUGGUACGCUUGAACGCCUUCACGUGCGCCUCCCCGAGAGUACUCUUUGGCCGACCCCGACUGUCGGCGCUGGACGCUCCUCACCAAUUUGCUCCUUGAAGAUCAUUAUGCUCUUCUGCACGCCUUCCGCCUACAACUCGUUCACUCGCGCCGUUAGACUCCCAAGUCUCCGAAGGCUUGUCAUGUUCAAUGACGGCGUCCCCCGCGCCGAAGACUUCCCUGAAUUCUUCAAAUCCAUUCGUCGACAGUGCGACCCAGCCAUGCUCGUCGAUAUCGCUAUCAGUACACACGACGAAUGCAGUUUGGCCCAGGCUUCCCGUAGCGACGCCGUCAUUCACUCUUCAGAUCUUCACCCGCUCUUCGACUUCGAACACCUGACUGCCUUCCACCUCGACAUGCAGUGCAGACACGAUCUCGACGACCAGCUCUUCCUCGACAUGGCCAAAGCGUGGCCUGAGCUCAAACAACUCGACGUCGCCAUCUCGGAAUACUCCGCCUACGACCAGAUGCCUUCUCUCAAAGCCCUCACGAGCCUUGCCCUGCACUGCUCCCACCUAGAGACGCUGGGCGUGCACUUCGACGCCGCGUCCUGGCACUCGGACAGCGACUGGGAACCGUCGGACGUGCCCCCGGAGCGCUUCUUCGGCGAGCUUGCGCACAGAUCGAGCGGGUCGCGUGUGUACUCCCUCAACGUCGGUAUGUCUCCCGUCGAGGGCGGGCAUCAUGUCGCGCUCUUUCUGGCGCGUACGUUUCCGCAGCUCUGCGAGUUGCAUACGGUGUUCGAGCCGACUUUUCCCGACGACGAUGAGGACCCGCGGAGGGAGGUUAUCCGGAAGCGGUGGGAGGAGGUAGCCCGGUACGUUCCGCUGUUCGCCUGCAUAAGGCAGGACGAGCGGCGGAGGUUAGAAGACGAAGACGACGAGGACGACGAGGACGAUGGGGAAGGCGCCGACGACGCCGAUAGCGCCAUAGAUGAAGACGACGAGGAAGCGUAA